AUGGGAAACAAUCAAGGAAAGCUCGUGAAUCCCGACGAUGCAGCCAACCUUAAUCAUUUCCGCCUUCUGCGCGUGGUUGGAAAAGGUGCAUUUGGUAAGGUUCGUAUUGUCGAGAGAAAAGAUACUGGUCUCACAUUUGCUCUGAAAUAUAUCCGGAAGGAAGACGUUGUUCGAUCGGAGAGUGUACGAAAUAUCAUCCGUGAACGGAGAAUGCUAGAGCACUUGAAUCACCCAUUUCUGUGCAAUCUGCGCUACGGUUUCCAGGAUAUGGAAUACAUCUACAUUGUCGUCGACCUUAUGAAUGGCGGCGAUCUUAGGUUCCACAUUUCACGCAAGACUUUUACGGAGGAAGCAGUCCGAUUCUGGAUGGCGGAGCUCGGAGUAGCCCUGAAGUAUAUUCACUCUCAGGGUAUCAUUCACCGUGAUCUCAAGCCUGACAACGUUCUCUUGGAUUCACAGGGACAUGUUCACUUGGCAGAUUUUAAUGUCGCGUCAGAUUUCCGUACCAAGCCUCUCACAAGCAAGUCUGGAACAUUGGCUUACCUGGCACCCGAGGUUUACGAAGGAGUUGGAUAUCUAUCUGAAGUCGACUGGUGGUCCUUGGGUGUCACUUUCUACGAAUGCAUAUACAACAAGCGUCCAUUUGAAGGUCGAAGCCAAGACCAGCUGAGCGAAAACAUCAAAAAGGCCCAGCCCAAGUACUUUGUUACGAAUCCAGCAGUUUCAGUGCCGUGUCUGCGGGCUAUGGGUGCGUUGAUGGAGAAAGACCGAAGUCGCCGAAUCGGUGCUGUCAGCUGGGAAAGUUUCAUCACACAUGAGUUCUUCGCCGAGAUCGACUUCGAAGCCCUAGUCCGCAAAGAAAUUCCCCCCGUUUUUGUCCCAUCUGGUGAAAAGACAAAUUUCGAUGCGACAUACGAUUUGGAAGAGUUAUUGCUAGAGGAAGCACCUUUAGAGGCCCGAGCCCGCCGACAAAAGCCACGAGCGGAAUUACGUGAGGAUGCUACCGCCAAAGAGAUUCGCGAAGAUGAACUUCAUCGUCUGAUUGAGACGAUGUUCGAGCCUUUGAUUACCUGGCCGUUGGCUAUAAGGGCCCUGCCGAAGAGGCCACCAUUACGUCCACGUACAUCCAUCUCCUUAUCCCCAAGCAUCAUUGAGACUUAUACUGACGCUCAUUAUAGUGAUCCUGAUGACUCCAUCCCCAUUGCCACAGCCAUUUCACAUUCUCGCCACCCUUCCCAGCCCGAAUCAGCUAUUCGGAACUCUUCAAAUACUCAAAGUCAAGUAACCGAUACCAUGACAUCGGCCAGUGAGAACCUUGACCCGUACGAUUCGGCCUCAAUUAGACUGCCACCUUCACCUUCCACCGCUCCAACACACUCUUCCCCUCCACAAACACCUUCAUUCCAUCGCCCACUACCCCAAAAUUCGAAACCCCGCGGCACCACAAGGAAGACGAGCAAAGGAGGUGGUGUGCAGAUGGUCCUAGAAGAAGCCGGUAGCUGGAGCGAAUUGGCGAACCACAGUUCUACUCUACCUGCAGAGGGCAUGGAUGGCGACACAAGCAAAGGCAAGGGAGCCAACAGUGGCAUGCUGUCAUUCCUCAGUCGGAAAAAGGGCCGUGAUCGUAGCCCUAAGCCCACGGAGCCCGGCGUUUUGGGCAAGGAAGGAGCUCGCCAGAUCAUCAGUUGA